CCGUGACAUCACUCCGCGGCUUAUAUAGUUGGGGAAGGGUCCGGGCGCCCCGCAUGGUCCCGGCAGCCGCCCGCGGGAGGCAGCGGAGCGGCCGCGCUGUCUCUGUGUGUGUCUCUGUGUGUGUCUCUCUGUCCGUCUCUCCCCAGGAUUUAUGGACUUGCCCCGCUAGCGGCGGCGCGGCAGGAUGAGAGCCCAGCUGGUGUGCGUGGCGCUGCUGGCCUUGGCCGCCGGCAGCCUCUGCUCAGAUUCAGAAGAGGAAAUGAAAGCGUUAGAAGCAGAUUUAUUGACCAAUAUGUAUACAUCAAAGAUUAACAGAGCAAAACUUCCUUACUGGAAAAUGACUCUGCUAAAUGUCUGCAAUCUUAUCAACAACAUAAACAACCAAGUGGGGGAAACAGCAGAGGUAGAUGAAGAAGAUCUCAUUUCAGGAAGACAGUUUCCUGCUGCCCUGGAUGGCUUUGGCUUGGAAGCAAUGCUGACAGUAUAUCAACUCCAAAAAGUUUGCCACAGCAGAGCCUUUCAGCACUGGGAGUUACUUCAGCAAGAUACUUUUGAUCUAGAGAAUUCAAGCCAAGAUAAGGAAAUAAUGAAGAGAAAAAAUCCCUAUAUUCUGAAACGGCAGCUACAUGUGAACAAAGCUAGAAGACCGUACAUACUCAAGAGAAGUUCAUAUUACUGAUGCAGCCGAAGAAAACUAUGUAUAUUUAGUUUAUAGGUAACUGUGCGUUAUGGUUAUCUUAUUUAAAUCUAAAAUCGUACUUGUGUGAAAAUAUACUAUGGAAAAUCAUCAAGAUGAUAACAUAACUGUGUCUUUUUUGCAACUGUUGUUUCUUGAAUGUGAUUUUUUCCUACUUGAGAUUAAUUGGACCAAUACAUUUGCAAAUAAAUCUAGUUUAUAAGCAUGAUGUAUUGUACACAACUGAGAUUUCAAUAUAUUUGUUACAACAUAGUACUCUUUUUCUGUUUUAUAAAGCACACCAACAUACACCAAGUAAAUUGAUAGUGUCCAUAAACCAUAUGGAGAAUCUUACAAUUUCUUAAUGGAACACCUCAGACCCAUGCAUGCAUGUGAGUUUUUGUGUAAUGCACUAGUCAGAACUGCCAUCAUUUUCUCUAUAUUGACCAUUUUAAAUUAUUAAGGAUUAGGUCUAAGUAAGGGAGGAAAUACUAUGAACUGACUGUUAACUAUUGUCUGGCAAUUUCAGAUUUCAUAUUGUAGAGGAAUUUAACUUCUUGACUCCUAAUUUACUGCUCAAUUUACUGUCAUAAUUUGAGAAAACCAUGCACUAAUGAGACUUUAAAAAAGUAUGCUAGUGUGAACAAAGCCUGAUGCCCUUCCAAAUCUUGUCUAUCACUGAUUAAACGAGGAAAGCAAUUUAUUCAGUCAGGAAAACAAUUUAUGAUGUUUAUCUAAUUUAUGUAUACUCAAAGAAAAAACUUUUUAAAGACAAAAAAUAAAAGCUGAUUCGCA